ACAUAAUACACCAACGAAGAAGAACCCAAUAUCAAAAUGGUGGACGUGGUUGAUGCUAUUUUUGCCUAAUAACAAUAUACUUGGCGGGGUUAAACAUUGCAAAGUAUUUUUGCAUAAUAUUUUCUAGUCGUAACGCGAAACCAAGACGACCCUAAACUUGUUCUGUUUCUAUUAGCACGCUAACUAGCAGGAGGUUUCGGCUAGUGGAGCUAGUGAACAGCUGACAAACAAAAGAGACCGUCAAACUACUUCAACAUCUGUGCGACUGUAACAUCAUCAUUUUGAAGUGGAUAACCAGGCCACAACAGAGGUCAUGGAGGUGGGUGAGAUGGAGAUAAGACUUUCCGAGGUCAAAGGUAAAUUAAAGGAUGACGGACAUAUGUUAUAUUCCACAGGCAAGUCUUCUUCCUCCUCAAAUGAAACUCUGAGCAGGAAGAGACAACGGGAGGACUGUUCUGACUCUCUUGGUGAUGUGAAAAAAGCAGUGGUGGUCUUGACUAGACUCCCGGACUAUAAGAUCAGCGCUCUGCGACCACCGACGCCUCCACAGUUCUACAGUGAAGACGAAUCCCUCAGCAGCUCUGAGUCCGAUUUGCAGUGGGAACCAGGAAACGAUUCAAGUGGCUCUGAUAAGUCAAAGUCGAAGAAAACACAAACAAAUGGACAACGCCCAAAGAGUUCAACAAGUGGAGCAUCUGCACCUGUACCAGAACCAUCCCCUAUAAUCAUAUCAACAGCUUUUGGCGUUUCCCCCGAUGAAACCAGAAACGUCCGACCCGACCUGCCAGACGAUGAGAUCACUGUGGACAUGAUGGUCCUGGCCAGGAAGAGGCACAUGCGAUGGCAGCGGGGAAAAAUAGUGGAGAUAAUAACAAAGGAUGUUUUAUUUUCAGAGGAUGGACACGUGAAGUACAAAGUACAAUUUGAAGAAAAGGGGAAGAGCCUCGUGUCUGGCCAUCACAUCGCCUUUGACGCCAUACCGAAGCGGGAGCAGCUUUAUGUCGGUGCUCGUGUGGUGGUCAAUUGUCAAGACAACGCGUCCCACUUUCAGACUGGUAUCAUGGUGGAGCUGCCCAGCAGAAGGAACCGUUUAAGGUUCUUGGUCUUCACUGAUGAUCACGUGCCCAUCUAUGUUGGUUUACCUUUACUUCACCUCGUGUGCAGACCACGUGAGUUUGGCUGUCAUGUGUCUUUCAUGGGCGUUAAUGUAACACAUGAAGAACAGUUCAACAUUUUCAUCUGCUCUCUGGCUGUGAAUGGGAGCUUAACAUAUCCUCCCUAUUUGUUGUUGUCUCAAUGACUUUAGUUUUGUGAAUUACAUAAAAAAGAACCUAAAUAUCAUAAAAAAUAGUCAGUUGAAACAACAUAAAGCAUAAACACCUUGUGAAAGUAGAAACUCCUGUUUAAGAUAUUACUGUGAAGGUCCCUGUAGCUGUUCCCACUAGCAGAUAUCAAACAGGCAAAACAGACUCAUUCUGUAUAUUUUAAACUACAUACUUGAUGUUAUACUGUUUUAACAGUUACAUCAUACCUCAGUACUUUUUACUAAGAAGACAGAUGUUUGUCUCACUUAUACUCUACAAAUGGAAAAUGUGCUUUUUAACAUUUUAUGUGUCAUUUCAGUUUUCCAGGAUCAUUCUUGAGUUAUUUUACAGCCACAAGCAAAUGAGCUUUUCCCACAUUUGGGCAACAUUUGCUCAAUGUGUAAAAUGUAUAGCGCAAACACACAUUACUAUUGAAGGCAAACAUCUAACGUGAUGGUACAACAAGUGUGUUUAAUUCAAGCAUGGCUGACCCCUGAAAGAAACAAUGCGUUAAUAUUCUUCCCUUUGUUUUUGAUU